UCAGCAGCAAAUCACCAUAGUUAUUGUCAUUUAUCAUGAACUCUGUAAUCAUAUCCGCAAGAAGCAAUUAGGAUAUGAUGGCAGUGAUAAACUUAGUUUGCAGUCCAUGUUUUCCAUGGUUAUGUUUGCCAAAGAUAUAGUCUUAGUUGGAGUUCUUGAACUUAAACUUAAAUGUGAUCAUAUAACUG